AGCUUCGCGAGGACCGACGCGGGUCAGUCAGACGGCGGCAGCCUUGGGAGGCGCCAGCGCGAGUCCGAGUCGUUCCCCGUCCGCCGCGGCUGCCACCGCCGGGUCGUCUUCGCGCCCCGGCCUCCCGCGCUCCCGCCCUCCCCGCGCCGCGGCCCUCGAUGCGGGGCCGGGCCGCUGCGUGAUGGGGCUGCGGAGCGGCGCCCUGUGGCUCGCGGCUGCCGCUGCUCGCGCUGAGGAGCGUCGGUGUCGGGCCCCCCGCGCCCCCGCGCGCCGCGGCGCCUGCUGACCCGGCCCGUCCGUCCGCCCGUCGGUCCGCAGCGCGGCUGAGGAAACUUGAACAUAACUUCAAAAGAAGAUUUGAUUCUUUCUUUCUGGACUGCAUAUAUAUACAUAUAUACAUAGCAAGACCAUCAGAAUGUCGGGAGCCUCAGUGAAGGUGGCUGUGCGGGUUCGGCCCUUCAAUUCUCGGGAGACCAGCAAGGAGUCCAAGUGCAUCAUUCAGAUGCAAGGCAACUCGACCAGUAUUAUUAACCCAAAGAACCCAAAGGAAGCUCCAAAGUCCUUUAGUUUUGACUACUCCUACUGGUCUCACACCUCGCCUGAAGAUCCCUGUUUUGCAUCUCAAAACCGUGUGUACAAUGACAUUGGAAAGGAAAUGCUCUUACAUGCCUUUGAGGGAUAUAAUGUCUGUAUUUUUGCCUAUGGGCAGACUGGUGCUGGGAAAUCUUAUACAAUGAUGGGUAAACAAGAAGAAAGCCAGGCUGGCAUCAUUCCACAGUUAUGUGAAGAACUAUUUGAGAAAAUCAAUGACAACUGUAAUGAAGAAAUGUCUUAUUCUGUAGAGGUGAGCUACAUGGAAAUUUACUGUGAAAGAGUACGAGACCUGCUGAAUCCAAAAAACAAGGGUCAUUUGCGUGUGCGCGAACACCCACUUCUUGGCCCAUAUGUGGAGGAUCUGUCCAAGCUGGCAGUCACUUCCUACACAGACAUUGCUGACCUCAUGGAUGCUGGGAACAAAGCCAGGACGGUGGCGGCUACCAACAUGAAUGAAACAAGUAGCCGUUCCCAUGCUGUGUUUACCAUUGUUUUCACCCAGAAAAAACAUGAUACUGAGACCAACCUUUCCACUGAGAAGGUUAGUAAAAUCAGCUUGGUGGAUCUGGCGGGCAGCGAGCGAGCCGACUCAACUGGCGCCAAAGGGACGCGAUUGAAGGAAGGAGCGAAUAUUAAUAAGUCUCUCACAACUCUGGGCAAAGUCAUUUCAGCCUUGGCAGAGGUGGACAACUGCACCAGCAAGAGUAAGAAGAAGAAGAAGACUGAUUUUAUUCCUUACAGGGAUUCUGUACUUACUUGGCUCCUUCGAGAAAAUCUAGGUGGAAAUUCUCGAACUGCAAUGGUUGCUGCUCUGAGCCCAGCAGAUAUCAACUAUGACGAAACUUUGAGCACUCUGAGAUAUGCAGACCGUGCAAAACAAAUUAAGUGCAACGCUGUUAUCAAUGAGGACCCCAACGCCAAACUGGUCCGCGAAUUGAAGGAGGAGGUGACGCGGCUGAAGGACCUUCUCCGUGCUCAGGGCCUGGGAGAUAUUAUUGAUAUUGAUCCAUUGAUCGAUGAUUACUCUGGAAGCGGAGGCAAAUAUCUGAAAGAUUUUCAGAACAAUAAGCAUAGGUACUUGCUAGCCUCUGAGAAUCAACGCCCUGGCAAUUUUUCCACAGCAUCCAUGGGGUCUCUUACUUCAUCUCCAUCUUCCUGCUCACUCAAUAGUCAGGUGGGCUUACCAUCUGUCACCAGUAUUCAGGAGAGGAUCAUGUCUACACCUGGAGGAGAGGAAGCCAUUGAACGUCUAAAGGAAUCGGAGAAGAUCAUUGCUGAGCUGAAUGAGACCUGGGAAGAGAAACUGCGUAAAACAGAAGCCAUCAGAAUGGAGAGGGAGGCCUUGUUGGCUGAGAUGGGAGUGGCCAUUCGGGAAGAUGGAGGAACACUGGGAGUUUUUUCACCUAAGAAGACCCCACAUCUUGUUAACCUCAAUGAGGACCCACUAAUGUCCGAAUGCCUGCUUUAUUACAUCAAAGAUGGAAUUACAAGGGUUGGCCAAGCAGAUGCUGAGCGGCGCCAGGACAUCGUGCUGAGUGGGGCUCACAUUCAGGAAGAGCAUUGUAUCUUCCGGAGCGAGAGAAACAACAGUGGAGAUGUUAUUGUGACCCUUGAGCCCUGUGAACGCUCAGAAACCUAUGUCAAUGGCAAGAGGGUGGCCCAGCCUGUUCAGCUACGCUCAGGAAACCGUAUCAUCAUGGGUAAAAACCAUGUGUUUCGUUUCAACCACCCGGAGCAAGCACGGGCAGAGCGGGAGAAGACUCCUUCUGCUGAGACCCCCUCUGAGCCUGUGGACUGGACGUUUGCCCAGAGAGAACUUCUGGAAAAACAAGGGAUUGAUAUGAAGCAGGAGAUGGAGAAAAGACUACAGGAGAUGGAGAUCCUAUACAAAAAGGAGAAAGAAGAAGCAGAUCUUCUCUUGGAGCAGCAGAGACUGGACUAUGAGAGUAAGUUGCAGGCCUUGCAGAAGCAGGUUGAGACCCGCUCCCUCGCUGCUGAGACAACAGAAGAGGAGGAAGAAGAGGAAGAAGCUGCUUGGACACAGCAUGAAUUUGAGCUGGCCCAGUGGGCCUUCCGGAAGUGGAAGUCUCACCAGUUUACUUCAUUAAGGGACUUACUCUGGGGCAAUGCUGUUUACCUGAAGGAGGCCAACGCCAUCAGUGUGGAACUGAAGAAGAAGGUGCAGUUCCAGUUUGUCCUGCUGACGGACACAUUGUACUCCCCUUUGCCUCCGGAAUUACUUCCCACUGAGAUGGAGAAAACUCAUGAAGACAGGCCUUUCCCUCGUACUGUGGUGGCUGUAGAGGUCCAGGAUCUGAAGAAUGGAGCAACGCAUUAUUGGUCUUUGGAGAAACUCAAGCAGAGGCUGGAUUUGAUGCGCGAGAUGUAUGACAGGGCAGGUGAGGUGGCCUCCGGCAGCCAGGAUGAAAGCGAAGCCACCGUGACCGGCAGUGAUCCCUUUUAUGAUCGGUUCCAUUGGUUCAAACUGGUCGGAAGCUCCCCCAUUUUCCACGGCUGUGUGAAUGAGCGCCUUGCUGACCGCACACCCUCCCCCACUUUUUCCACGGCCGAUUCCGACAUCACUGAGCUGGCUGACGAACAGCAAGAUGAAAUGGAGGAUUUUGAUGAUGAGGCAUUCGUGGAUGACACCGGCUCUGACGCAGGGACGGAGGAGGGAUCAGAUCUCUUCAGUGACGGGCAUGACCCGUUUUACGACCGAUCCCCAUGGUUCAUUUUAGUGGGAAGGGCAUUUGUUUACCUGAGCAACCUGCUGUACCCGGUGCCCCUGAUUCACAGGGUAGCCAUCGUCAGCGAGAAAGGUGAAGUGCGGGGGUUUCUGCGUGUGGCCGUGCAGGCCAUUGCAGCGGAUGAAGAAGCUCCUGAUUAUGGUUCUGGGAUUCGACAGUCAGGAACAGCUAAAAUAUCUUUUGAUAACGAGUACUUUAAUCAGAAUGACUUUUCUUCAGUUGCAAUGACUCGUUCUGGUCUGUCCUUGGAGGAACUGAGGAUUGUAGAAGGACAGGGUCAGAGUUCUGAGGUCACCACUCCUCCGGAAGAAAUCAAUCGAAUGAAUGACUUGGAUUUGAAGUCGGGCACUUUGCUGGAUGGUAAGAUGGUCAUGGAAGGGUUUUCUGAAGAGAUCGGCCACCACCUGAAACUGGGCAGCGCCUUCACUUUCCGAGUAACUGUGCUGCAGGCCAGCGGGAUCCUCCCGGAGUAUGCGGAUAUCUUCUGUCAGUUCAACUUUUUGCAUCGUCAUGAUGAAGCAUUCUCCACUGAACCCCUCAAAAACAACGGCAGAGGAAGUCCUCUGGGCUUCUAUCACGUGCAGAACAUUGCGGUGGAGGUCACCGAAUCGUUUGUGGAAUAUAUCAAAACCAAGCCGAUAGUAUUUGAAGUGUUCGGGCAUUAUCAGCAGCACCCGCUUCAUCUGCAAGGACAGGAGCUGAACAGCCCACCUCAGCCAUCUCGCCGCUUCUUCCCUCCACCCAUGCCACUCUCCAAGCCAGUUCCAGCCACCAAAUUAAACACCAUGAGCAAAACCAGCCUUGGCCAGAGCAUGAGCAAGUACGAUCUUCUGGUUUGGUUUGAGAUCAGUGAACUGGAGCCUACAGGAGAGUACAUCCCAGCUGUGGUCGACCACACAGCAGGCUUGCCCUGCCAGGGGACGUUUCUGCUUCAUCAGGGCAUCCAGCGAAGGGUCACAGUGACCAUCAUCCACGAGAAGGGGAGUGAACUCCAUUGGAAGGAUGUUCGUGAGCUGGUGGUAGGCCGGAUCAGGAAUAAGGCUGAGGUGGAUGAGGUUGCGGUGGAUGCCAUCCUCUCUCUAAAUAUUAUCUCUGCCAAGUACCUGAAGUCCUCCCACAACUCCAGCAGGACCUUCUACCGUUUCGAGGCCGUGUGGGACAGCUCCCUCCAUAACUCUCUCCUUCUGAACCGAGUGACGCCCUAUGGGGAAAAGAUCUACAUGACCUUGUCAGCAUACCUAGAGCUGGAUCACUGCAUCCAGCCGGCGGUCAUCACCAAGGACGUGUGCAUGGUCUUCUACUCCCGGGACGCCAAGAUCUCACCGCCACGCUCUCUGCGCAGCCUCUUUGGCAGUGGCUACUCGAAGUCACCAGACUCCAAUCGAGUCACUGGAAUUUAUGAACUCAGUUUAUGCAAAAUGGCGGACACGGGCAGUCCAGGCAUGCAGAGGAGAAGAAGAAAAAUCUUGGAUACAUCAGUGGCAUAUGUGCGAGGAGAAGAGAACUUAGCAGGCUGGCGGCCCCGUGGGGACAGUCUCAUUCUUGAGCACCAGUGGGAGUUAGAGAAGCUGGAGCUCCUUCACGAGGUAGAGAAAACUCGCCACUUCCUGCUGCUUCGUGAGAGACUUGGUGACAGCAUCCCCAGAUCCCUGAGUGACUCGUUGUCCCCCAGCCUCAGCAGCGGGACUCUCAGCACCUCCACCAGCAUCUCCUCUCAGAUCUCUACCACCACCUUUGAAAGCGCCAUCACCCCCAGUGAGAGUAGCGGCUAUGAUUCGGCGGACAUUGAAAGCCUGGUGGACCGAGAGAAGGAGCUGGCUACCAAGUGCCUGCAACUCCUCACCCACACUUUCAACCGGGAGCUCAGCCAGGUACACAGCAGCAUCAGUGACUGCAAGUUGUCUGAUAUCUCUCCUAUCGGACGGGAUCCCUCCGUGUCCAGUUUCAGCAGCGCGACCCUCACUCCUUCCUCCACCUGCCCUUCUCUGGUAGAUGCCAGAAGCAACUCUCUGGAGCAGAAGACCCCAGAAGCCAAUUCCCGGGCCUCUAGUCCCUGCACAGAAUUUGAACAGUUUCAGAUUGUCCCAACUGUGGAAACACCCUAUUUGGCCCGAGCAGGAAAAAAUGAAUUUCUCAAUCUUGUUCCAGAUAUUGAGGAAAUCAGACCAGGCUCCGUGGUCUCUAAGAAAGGGUACCUGCACUUCAAGGAGCCACUUUACAGCAACUGGGCUAAGCAUUUUGUCGUGGUCCGUCGGCCUUAUGUCUUCAUCUACAACAGCGACAAAGACCCCGUGGAGCGUGGCGUCAUUAACCUGUCCACGGCUCAGGUGGAGUACAGCGAGGACCAGCAGGCCAUGGUGAAGACACCCAACAUCUUUGCCGUGUGCACAAAGCAUCGUGGGGUCCUCUUACAGGCUCUCAACGACAAAGACAUGAACGACUGGUUGUAUGCCUUUAACCCACUCCUCGCUGGCACAAUACGGUCAAAACUCUCCCGCAGAUGCCCCAGCGAGCCGAAGGACUAAGUGACUGAGCCGAGCAGCCACACUCGCCUGUGAGAGAUAAAGAAAGUGUUGCCUCUCACUUCUCUCUGUGAUUCUUGAUGGCCCCUCUCGCGUGUAAGCCUGUGGAAUAACCGCUUUCCCUCCUGUCAACACUCUCUAGCUCUCCGUGCCCCCGUCUCCAUUGCUCUGUACCCUUCUCUUUUUUCUUGUGCUGAGAAUCUUGGUCAUAGCAUGUGGCCUAACAAAAGGGAGAAAAACAAACAAAAAAACAAAAACAACCCAGAGGGGAUCCAGUGAAUCUCCAUAUUAUUUUGUCGUGUCUUUUGGCUUCCUUUUGUAUAAUAGGUCCCCAUUAUGACCACCUGUGAUGUCUGUACUGCUGUCUUUGGAUAUCUUUGUCUGUUUCUUAAGACCACAUAAUACUUCUUUUCCUUUUCUCUA